ACACGAAAGCUUCCUCCUCGUCGUCCAGGGAAGACAGCAUAGUCCAGCCUGGAAGACCACAGCUAGAGAGCUCACAAUGUGACGCGAGCUUAUGAGACUCCAUCUUGAAAGGUUCCGUAAACCAACAGGGCACUUGGUUAGCAGGCACGCGGGGUAUAUAUGUGCUGUCGCCGGUGGGGGAUGCAGCUAUGCCCGUAGCCAAGGGACCGCUUCCCAGCAAGGCCCGGCUUAGGGCCUUCUUGGGGCCUUUGGGACCUGUGAGGCAGAGGAAGGCUGUGCAAAUCGGCACUCACUUCACGCAAUGUACGGUUGUGGAUGACUGGGGCAAUUUAAAACGGAGGUAUUAUCAUUAUUAUUACUAUUAUUAUUAUUAUUAUGGCUCUAACGGGCCGCUGGAAAGCGCAUGGAGCGGGAUCCCUAUCGGCUCCUCAUCGACACCAAUGGAUCAUCUGGAUCCCGAUUUCCGCAGUGAGUCUCUUCCUUGUUUUCGGCUACUUCGCUCUCAAUCGAGAGCUCAGUCUGAGCUUAACAGGGAAUGCCGAGGGGUGUCAACAACAAGAAGUCCUCCGCUCUCUGCGCAGCCACAGCGUGCAGAGCAUCUUGUCAGAGUACUUGUCCCGCGGCCAAAAUGGGGACACGGUCAUGGGCGAUCCCGAUGGAUUGAACAGAUUGACUCAUCAGCUGGCAGAGGCCUUGUCAGGGCAUGAAGUGCAGACCGACACCAACAACAAGAGCAACGACAAGAACAAGAAGAAGAACAACGAUGAUGAUAAUGAUGAUGAUGACGACAACAAGAAGACGAACAACGACAAUGCACGUGAAAUGGCUGCUCUGCAGGUGGGACGUGUCGAUCCUCAUGUGGGCUCACGUGAGGAUGCAAAUGUCGACUCAGAGGGGAAAGGAGGAGGAGUAGGAGUAGGAGUAGGAGGAGGAGGAGGAGGAGGAGGAGGAAGAAGCUGGUUGGGCAAUCGAUUAGUACGUGUAUAUAUGUAUGAUCUGCCGCGGAAGUUCACAUACGGAGUGAUAGAGUCGUACUGGCGAUCCAGGAACCUGUUGAGUUCAGCAAGUGAGGAGGAGGUUGGCAAGGCAGUGGAGUAUCCACGUCAUCAGCACAGUGCAGAGUGGUGGCUAUUUUUAGAUAUGAUGGGGAGAAAGAGAGAGGGAGGGGGGUGGAAACCGCAAUCGAGUGCGGUGAGGGUGUUUGAUCCUGAUGCCGCCGAUGUGUUCUUUGUGCCGUUCUUCUCCUCUCUCAGCUUGCUCGUGCGAAGCUGGAACGGCUCCCUGCGCAGUGGAGGAGGAUGGAAGUACACGGUGACGCUCCAGCGGGAGCUUUUACACUGGUUAGACCAGCAACCCACGUGGCAUAGACACUUGGGCCGGGACCACGUGUUCGUUGCCCAGGAUCCCAAUGCGCUGGACGUUGUCCGACCAGCCAUUCGGCGAUCAAUCAUGAUGAUUUCGGACUUCGGUCGCAUGAGUCCCGACGAGGGCAACCUCGUCAAAGAUGUUGUUAUCCCAUACGCUCAUCGUAUUCCAACCUAUGAUGAGAGAGAACCGGAGAUGGAGAGAACGACUCUGCUCUUCUUCAGUGGAACUCGCUUUCGCAAGGAUGGAGGUCGCAUCCGUGAUUUUCUGUUUAAAGUGCUACACAACGAAACAGGGGUAAUAAUGGCUGAAGGACUUCCAACAAAUGAAGGAACACAGUAUGCAAGGACACAGAUGAGGACCUCAAAGUUUUGUUUGCAUCCUGCUGGCGACACACCAUCUGCUUGUCGGCUGUUCGAUGCGAUUGUCAAUUUGUGUGUGCCGGUCGUUGUCAGCGAUGGGAUAGAGCUCCCAUUUGAGAAUGAGCUUGAUUACAGUGAAUUCUGUAUCUUCAUAUCCUCUGAAAAGGCAGUGAAGCAUGGUGCGAUUGUCAAGAUUCUAAGAGCUGUCAAGCCGGCUCAGCUUCUGAAGUUCCGGAAGAAGUUAUGGGAGAUACUGCUCGAAAAUCAAAGCAUCACAGAUCAGAAUGGAACACCGCUGGUAGCAGAUGGAAUGGCAGGAUCCUUCGGACAAGCCUGGAUCAGGCGGGGGGUCGUUCGAAUCGAGGACCUAUGGUCCACAACUCUUGGCAGCUGGAAGCCGCUUGGGGAAGUAAAGGAGAUCCUGAGAGGACUGCAGAGGGUAGAGGAACAUUGGAGACAGGUCAUAGAGGCAAUUCCACAUGACUGGUUGAAUCUGUUGGGCCCGUUGGGAGUCGACCCCACGGGUACGUGGUACAUCUCGGAUCAGGAGUUGGAGGGCAAUGUCCUGUCACCUGUGGAAGGUAGCAACUCUACUGUCCGCAAGCAAAGUGGAGUCUUUGCUGUCUUCAAGGACAGGAAGUCUAUCUCGUCUUUUGGUUCUGCGGCAUGUUCGGGCAAUGCUGCCGGUAGCCUCCUCAAGGGCAGUCCGGGCUUAUUACACUGUUGGUCAAAGGUGGAAACUCCACCUUCUCCAAACUCCUGUCCAAAAAAUAACAAUGUGUCUGGUAAUUCCCUGAUUCAUAUUCUACUAUUCCUGAAUCCUUCUGGUGCUCUGUGAGCCCCCUCUCAAAUGGGGGUACGUUCUGAGUCUUCCGAACCCCGAAGGAUAAAAAUUAAAUAGAGCAUUAAUGUCCUCUCGGCUCUGUGGAAUACGAUCUUGAUAGGAGUUUCACUGCAUAAAAUAGAAUCUUGUCGACGACUCGACGCCAUAUCGUUUACUUGUUACGUCAAUAAGUGGCUGCAGUUCUCUACGGCCUGUCAAUGAGUGUUCUUUUUCUUUUUUGGAAUUUGGAGGAUCUAUUAUUUUACUGUUACUGACUGGCAUGUAUGGAAUUUACUGUUCGAUGGACGAUGGAUUGUGCCGGAGAGUCCCCCCGUGUCAGGAAAACCUGAGGGUCAGUUCACCUCACGCCACUCACAAGCCAACAAGGCACAUACAAUAGGUGGAGGUUGCUCGGGUGUUUAGAAGGCUCGGAGGGCUGCAGGGUAUAUGCUUCCGCGAAAACGACCGGUCUCGUCGAGGCAAGAAGAUGUGAUAUGAACAAGGCACAUACAAGAGGAGGAGGUUGCGCGGGCGUUUAGAAGACUCGAAGGGCUGCAGGGUAUAUGCUUCCGCGAAAAUGACUGCUCUCUUCGAGGCAAGAAGAGGUGAUAUGAACAAGGCACAUAAAAGAGGAGGAGGUCGCUCUGGUGUUUAGAAGACUCGAAGCGCUGCAGGGUAUAUGCUUCCCUGAAAGCGACCGCUCUUCGAGCCAAGAAAAGGCAAUUAUUAAAACGCCCCCAGACUUGGUUGCCUGAUUGUCGUGGUGGGUAGCGACUUGUCCUUCACCAGUUCAUUGCCCGGCUCUCUUGAACUUGGGUAGGCAAGAAACCGCCUCUCUGAGGUGGCGGAGUACAUGUUUUUGAGAGCGCCAUUUUAUCGA